AUGUCGCGCUCCUUCUAUGUCGACUCGCUCAUCAUCAAGGACUCCUCAAGGCCCGCGCCCUCGCUGCCUGAGCCGCACCCUGGGCCAGAUUUCUUCAUCCCGCUGGGCAUGCCGUCCCCAUUGGUGAUGUCGGUGUCCGGGCCCGGGUGCCCAUCCCGCAAGAGCGGCGCGUUCUGCGUUUGCCCGCUCUGCGUCACUUCGCACCUGCACUCUUCUCGUGGGCCGGCGGGCUCUGGCGGCGGGGGCGCAGGGGCCGGGAGUGCAGGGGCCGGAGGUGGCGGGGCGGCUGGGGGCGCCGGGGCCCUGCCCCUGCUCAAGAGUCAGUUCUCUUCGGGUCCUGGGGACGCGCAGUUUUGCCCGCGCGUGAGCCACGCGCACCAUCACCACCACCCGCCGCAGCACCACCAUCACCACCACCAGCCCCAGCAGCCUGGCUCGGCCGCUGCCGCAGCGGCUGCGGCGGCAGCGGCAGCGGCCGCGGCGGCCUUGGGGCACCCGCAGCACCACGCACCUGUCUGCGCCACCACCACCUACAACGUGGCAGACCCGCGGAGAUUCCACUGCCUCACCAUGGGGGGCUCGGACGCCAGCCAGGUACCCAACGGCAAGAGGAUGAGGACAGCGUUCACCAGCACGCAGCUCCUGGAGCUGGAGCGGGAAUUCUCUUCCAACAUGUACCUGUCUCGACUCCGGAGGAUCGAAAUCGCCACGUACCUGAACCUGUCGGAGAAGCAGGUGAAAAUCUGGUUUCAGAACCGCCGGGUGAAGCAUAAGAAGGAAGGGAAGGGCACGCAGAGGAACAGUCACGCGGGCUGCAAGUGUGUCGGCAGCCAGGCGCACUAUGCGCGCUCGGAGGAUGAGGACUCCUUGUCGCCGGCCUCAGCCAACGAUGACAAGGAGAUUUCCCCCUUAUGA